AUGGCGCUGUCUACCAAAGACAUGAAUUCUCUGCUUAGUGUUAUUUCCGAAGAAAAUUUGACUGUAUCUUCCUUGGAAUCUUUGGCCUCUUCUGUUCAUCAUUUCUUCGGUAGACAGGAUCAUUUCAAGUUAGGAACAGCGAUGACGGUUUUACUGCAGCAAUCGGACCUGCUCUCUGGUUCCGCUCAGAAAUGUGCUAUCAUCUAUCUGCUAUAUGAUAUGUACCGUAACGAACCAAUUACAUCAAAUCCUUUCGCUACCGUGUUUGCUUAUUUAAUGCUGGAUAAGGAUCAGUCUAGUGAUAUUGGUGUUCCAGAAAAGACUCUGUUGCCACCUUUGACACCGGUUGAAAAGAAUUUCUUAUACCAACUUAUCAAAGGGCCACCAUCAAAAGAUUUGCAAAAGAAGACGCCUACCCAAGUUGCUAAUGGAGAAGCUGAUCCCAAUCAAGUGUAUGAUGUAGAACCGUUUCUAGAGAUUUUACGGUCACGAUUUGUCCAAACCCCGUUAUGUAAUAAAUCUGGAAUAUCUUGUGUUAUAGCCGAUCCAGAUAAUGAGAAAAGUAUGACGUUUGAUAUCAACGAAAAGUCUCAAGUGAUUGAAUCGUUACUAACUGGAGAGUGUUCGGUAGUAACGAAAGCUUUCCAACCUGAUUUCUGUUGUCUUGUUCCUCCCUUAUUGAAAUACGAUAAUGAAUUGACGUUUAUGAUUCCUGAUGGUGAAGAACGCGAAUUUGAAUGGGAUAGAACAAUGUGCACUAGUAAUAGUGUCGGUCUAGAAGUUCGCAGAUUAAUUGCUAAAGCUUUUACUGGAGCCUUGUCAGCCCAAGAACAACAGCAAGUUCUUUCCGAAUUAGAAAAGGAUCAAAAGUUAGUGUACCAUAUUGGAAUUACUCCGAGUAAGUUACCUGAUCUUGUUGAAAAUAACCCACUAGUUGCUAUUGAAGUAUUAUUGAAACUAAUGAAAUCAAACCAAAUCUCUGAAUAUUUUUCUACCUUGGUAAAUAUGAAUAUGUCAUUGCAUUCUAUGGAGGUGGUUAAUCGCUUAACUACGGCUGUUGAUCUUCCUCCAGAAUUCCUUCAGUUGUAUAUUUCCAACUGUAUUUCUAGUUGUGAGAAUACCAAGGAUAAGUAUAUGCAGAGUCGUUUAGUUCGUCUGGUUUGUGUAUUCUUACAGUCUCUGAUCAGAAAUAAAAUUAUUAAUGUUCAAGAUUUAUUCAUCGAAGUACAAGCCUUCUGUAUCGAGUUUAGUCGAAUUAAGGAAGCCGCUUGUUUAUUUCGCCUUUUAAAAAGCCUUGAUCCAAAUGAGGUGGUGGAUGGAAUAAUCUGCUUGCAACCUGCACCCAAGUGA